GGCAUGGUGUCCAUCUGAAGAACAUUUUACUUUAAAAGGAAAGAUGCUGUCUCCAAAUGAUAAAAAGUUAGAAAAACUGGAUCCGUUUUAUCGACCUUCAGUGUCCAAGCAGAAGACCAGUGCAGAAAUCAUAAGUGAAGCACGAAAUGCAUUAAGAACAGUUAGAACCCAAAGACCAUUUACACCACAGGAAGACCAAAGAAAACUAUUUGGACCUGCAUCUUCCAGAACACCAGAAAAUAGACCUCCUUCCUCCUUCAGAAACCAAAAGCUCCUGCAUCUCCCACCAGAGAAGAGGAUCCCUGCUUUUCCUUUCCUAAACCACCACUGGACCCUGCGAAGAUUAGAAGAAUAAGCAGUGCCCGGGCUCGCUUAUUCAGGGCGGCCUCCCAGGGGGCCCUUCUGCCGGACACAUCCCUUCCUCCCACCGACUCAAAGAAGACAGUGGAAUCCAAAGAAACAGUUAUGAUGGGGGACUCUAUGGUGAAAAUAAACGGGGUUUAUUUAACAGAAUCCAAUGCCAUUGGCCACUUAAAGAGUCACCCACUUCGACUCACUUGUGACGGAGACUUCAGUGAAAUCAAGGAGCAAGAAACGUUCGAAGGAACAACCUCCGUACCAUCUCAUCUCAGAAGUGGAGGGGACCAGGGGAGGAGGCAUGCCAGGACCUUACCGUGCCCCAGCAGCUCAGACUUGAGCAGGCUGCAAACCAAAGCAGUCUCAAAAGCCGACUUGCAAGAAAAGGAUACAGAAAUAGAAGUAGACGAAGUCUUUUGGAAUACAAGGAUUGUUCCAAUUUUGCAUGAAUUAGAAACAGAAGAAAACAUUGAAACGAUUUGUGCUGCUUGCACACAACUUCAUCACGCUUUAGAGGAAGGAAACAUGCUUGGAAAUAAAUUUAAGAGAAGAAGUAUUCUCCUGAAGACCCUAUAUAAACUAGUUGAUGUUGGUUCAGACUUGCUCAGCCUUAAACUUGCAAAAAUUAUUCUAGCACUUAAAGUGAGUAGAAAGAAUCUUCUUAAUGUCUGCAAACUUAUAUUUAAAAUUAGUCGGAGUGAAAAGAAUGAUUCUUUGAUUCAAAAUGACAGUAUUCUGGAAUCAUUAUUGGAAGUACUGAGAAGUGAAGACCUGCAAACUAACACUGAAGCUUUUUUGUACUGUAUGGGGACUAUAAAAUUCAUUUCUGGAAAUCCAGGAUUUCGUAAUGAAAUAAUCAACAAAGGUGCUGUGGACAUACUGAUGGAUUUGAUAAAGCAAAUAAGUGAGAACACCAAGAAAUGUGGUACAUGUUCACCUAAUUUGGGCCACUUGUUAGUUCAGGUGACUGCUACAUUGAGAAACUUGGUUGAUUCACCGCUGGCAAGAAGUAAGUUGCUGAGCAUCAGUGCCAUUCCCCAGCUGUGCACGGUGAUGGAACAGUACGUGGGUGACAAGGACGUCUGUACCAAUAUUGUCAGGAUAUUCAGCAAACUUACUUCUUACCGUGACUGCUGUGCAGCCUUGGCCAACUAUUCCAGAUGUUAUGCCUUGUUUCUGAAUCUGAUAAACAAAUACCAGAAGAAGCAGGAUUUAGUCAUUCGUAUUGUUUUUAUUCUUGGCAACCUGACAGCGAAAAACAACCAGGCUCGGGAACAAUUUUCCAAAGAGAAAGGGAGCAUCCAAACUGUGCUGUCAUUGUUCCACACGUUCCACCAAGUCGAUCUGCAUUCCCAGAAGCAAGCCUGCGAAGGCGCAGAGCUGCCCCAGGCGCAGAGGCCACCGUCGGAGGCGGAGGACGUGCUCAUCAAGCUGACCCGCCUGCUGGCCAACAUGGCCAUUCACCCGGGCGUCGGCCAGGCCUUGGCUGCCAGCCGGCCAGCAGUGGGCCUGCUCCUGACCACGCUGGAAUACAAGUCACUCGAUGAUUGUGAGGAGCUGGUGAUCAAUACUACAGCCACAAUCAACAAUUUAUCUUACUACCGAGUGAAGAAUUCUGUAAUUCAAGACAAAAAGCUGUAUAUUGCUGAAUUGCUCUUAAAGCUGCUCGUGAGUAACAACAUGGAUGGAGUCCUGGAGGCCGUGCGCGUCUUUGGAAAUCUCUCCCAGGACCGUGACAUCUGUGAUUUCAUUGUGCAGAACAAUGUACACAAGUUCAUGAUUGCAUUGCUGGAUGCUAAGCAUCAGGAUAUUUGCUUUUCUGCCUGUGGUGUUCUCCUAAAUCUCACUGUGGAUAAAGACAAGCGUGUCAUCCUAAAAGAAGGAGGUGGCAUUAAAAAGUUAGUGGAUUGUUUAAGAGAUUUUGGUCCUACUGAUUGGCAGCUGGCUUGCUUGGUUUGCAAAACUUUAUGGAACUUCAGUGAAAAUAUCACUAAUGCUUCAUCGUGUUUUGGAGCUGAAGACACCAACACACUCUUAGUCCUGUUGUCAUCAUUUUUAGAUGAAGAACUAGCACUGGAUGGCAGCUUUGACCAAGACCUAAAAAACUAUCACAAAUUCCAUUGGGAAACAGAAUUCAAACCUGUGGCACAGCAGCUUCUAAAGCGAAUUCAGAGACAUCACACCUUCCUGGAACCCCUGCCUAUUCCUUCUUUCUAACGUGAUGCAGAUUAACAACAGAAACAGGAAGUCAGGUCUCCUUCCUUCUUAAGAAGUGGUAACAAACAUGAACUUUUUUUUUUGGUAUUAACAAAUAUUGAAAGUUUUUCAACUACUGGUUUUAGUGAGUAGCCUAAGUCUUUAAAGAGGAAUAAGCAUUUCUUCUUGUUAGGUAUUAUGGAAAAAUGAAUAUAUUAAUACAGGUUAUAUUUUCUGCUAUGAGAAAUGUAAGAUGAGAAGAUAUACAUUUUUUAAGUUAAAUGGCUUUUAUUCUCUAUUAAAUAGCUUAGUUCUAGUCUUAAAAUCUUGAUUUAGCAAUUUAGGGAUUUAAGUGCUUGUCAGUUUAUUAAAUGAACUAUGCAAUAAAGACUAUUAGAUUAUGUAUAUGGAAAGAAUGGUGGUCAACAUGAAUGGAACACAUUACUACAUAAGCAUCUAAACUAAUUCUUACUACGUCUAAUAAUACAUUUUUUGAUUAGGUACCAGUAUUUUUCUGGUCCUCAUAUUAAGAGAAAGAGUAAGCAGAAAAACUUAGAGAAGACUGCUUUAGGCCAUCUGUUCUUUACUAAAUAAGUAAAAUAGAUGAAAAAGGAACUAUCUUACCUUUCUUUUCAUUUGAAAUAAAAUGACUGGACUAGACAGUCCUUCUAAUUGUAACUCUCUGUGUCUAGAGAGGUGAUAGGAUAUAUUAGAAAGAGUGCAGGCUUAGGUAUUUGGCAGGUCUCAGUUCGAAUUCUAACUCUCUCCUGCUAGCUGUGUGGGCCUUGAGCAAGUAACUUAAUUUCUUGAGCUUCAACUGUAAAAUGGGAAUAAUAUCUAUUUUAUCAUAGUAUAGUUUUUUUCUUGUAGCAUAGUUUAGAACAAACCAUUAAAUGUGCAAAUUGCCCAGUCCAGUGUAUGAUGUGCAGUAGGCACUCAGUAAGUUAUAACGUUAUGAUGGCAAGUAGUUUAUUAGUUUGUGUUCUUUGUUGAGUAAGUUUGAAUAAAUGAUUAAA